AGCUCUCCUGCUGCAAGGUACCUUCUUCCUUGGCGUGGUUUAUAUCACUUCCUAACUAUGGACAAAGCCUCCCCUAUAGAGGCCCUAUGAUGUAGUUUCGAUGGUACCAAUUACAAUCUAUGGGCCAUCCACUUUCAGAGUUUUCUCAAGGGUCGUGGUUUGUGGGGACUAAUUGAUGAAUCUGUUAGUCCCUACUUCCAUAGAUGCCGACAAAGUGGUUGAGUGAGAAAUGAAAAAUGGACGAAUUAUUACCUGGAUGCUCGAUUCGGUUGAUCGGUCAAUUGUUGUUGGCCUCACGCCACAUCGCACUGCUAAGGCAAUGUGGGAGCAUCUCCAAACUAUUUAUCAACAGAGUAAUACGACUCGGUUAUACCACCUGGAAUAAGAUCUGGUUCACCUUACUCAAGGUGACAAAAGUAUUCAAACAUUCUACUCUACAAUGGUUACAAUUUGGACAGAGAUGGCUAUGAUGGAUCCAGAAUUCCUUAAUGACUUUAAGAUAUUCCAAACAAUGCAUGAUAGUGCGCAAGUUAGACAAUUUCUUAUGAAGUUGCGUCCGGAAUUUGAGCAUUGUAGGGCUGCUCUCCUGAACCGUAGCCCAACUCCUUCAAUGAAUUCGGUUAUUAAUGAUUUAUUAGCUGAGGAACAACGACUGCAAGUUCUCUCUCAAGGACCAUCUCAGGGACCAUCUGAUAUGAUACUCGCUGUAUCUACCUCUGCACCAAACCGUGGUUUCACUUCUUUAACUUGUUGCAGCUGUAACAAAGUGGGACAUGUUGUCGCUCAGUGCAAAGAUUGGUGCGCUUAUUGUCGACAGACUGGUCAUGGUAUUCAGGACUGUUGUUCACGUGCCUAUGCAUCCUCAUUCGGCCGUGGACAUGGUGGUCGAGGUCGUGGCCGUGGUCGUCCUCUUUCUGCUACUUCUGCGACUAAUUCUUCCGAGCCUUCUGUUAGUGAUACUUCAUCUACUGUUUCUGCUAGAAGUCUUUCCUCACCUUUGACUCCUGCGAUGCUCCAACAGAUCGUGCAGGCCCUUUCUGCGGCCGGUAUGUCAGGAUCUGGCAACGGGGAAGGUACUUGGGAAGGGUAGGCGGCAUGGAUAUCUGUACGUGUUGGACUUUGACUCAUCCGUCACUUCGGCUCGUUGUUUCUUUUCUCCAUCUUCCUCGGAUAUUUGUUCAGCAAAUAAAAUGUGGA